AUGCCCUUAACCAUCAAUCUCACUUGGGUUUCCUCCACAAUCCCCAUAUCUCUCCUCCCAAGAGAACUCAUCACAGCAUCAAAAACCUGCUCUACAAUCUUUCAUAGAGCUUCUUCUUCUCCUUCAACAUCUCGUCCCCUCAUAGUCAAAUGCACGAGAAGCACCUCUGGAGAGAGCGGUAGCUUGAAGGACGCACUGAGUGGCAUUGUGGGAGAGCAAGUAGAGGAGCUCUUGAAAAAAGAAGAGAACAGGGAUUUGCUUGACGGGUUGGAAAAGGCGUCUCAAAGGGUAGAGAUGGCUAAGAGAGAGCUGGCUGAGAUUGAGAAACAAGAACUUGAGGCUAAGCUUGUGAGAGAUUAUAUUAACCAACUUGAAAGCAGGGCUUCUGAGAUUGCAGAAUGUCAAAAGGAUAUAUUAGAAGCAAAAGCCAUGGUUGAAGAAGCUGAGCGUGCCCUCUCACAAGAUGGGGAUCAACCUGGAGAUGGAUAUGGAUUUUCGGAGUCUGGAAAUGGAGAAAUUGACAAGGAUAAAGAGAGAUGGCAAUCCAUAAAAGCAGCUUCUAUUUCUGCCCUUGUCGGCACUGUUGCUGGAUUGCCCUUCUCCUUCACUCAGGUGUCCAGCGGUUCAGAGCUGAUACUCCCUCUGGCAAUCACAUUUGUUAGCUGUGCACUAUUUGGAGUUACCUUUCGAUAUGCAGUUCGAAGAGACUUGGAUGAUGUUCAUCUGAAGACAGGAGCACCGGCCGCUUUCGGCGUUGUCAAAGGUCUUGCUACACUGGAUGGUGGACAACCUCUUGAGCUAAAUGCUGGUAGCUUCUUAUCACAUGCUUUUGAUGGUGCACUGCUCUUGAGUCCUUUUCCCAUCAAGAAUCCUGUAUCAGGAUCCAAUUCUAGAUGA